AUCUUUUUGUUGUUGUUCUUUUAAUUGUCUGUUCGUUUUCCUUCUUCAGCCUCACAACCGUACUCGGAUUUCACCGUCGAUUUUCUCCACCACCAAAAAAAAGACCGGACGCAGGAUGACGUUGCGACUGGCAAUUCUACUCGUUGUGCUGAUGGGCGUUGUUCGCUUCGCUCAGGCACAAACGGCUUCGUGUUCGAACGCACCUGCGUUCACCGGAUCCAGUGCGGCGCGCGCAUAUACCGGAUCCAUCGGCCAGUAUAAUGCGCCGUGGGACAGACCUCAGAGCGCGGGCACCGGUGGCGCAAAAUGCUUGACUUGGCAGUAUACUCCCCUAACUGUAGGAACCAUCUACAUGACCACCUGCGGCUUGGCGUCUGACGAUACGAUCAUGAUGAUUUCGAGUGGCGGUUGUGUCAACAAUUUUGGCACGAAUCUCAACCAGAUGGCCGACGACAGCUGCAGCCUCCAAUCAACCCUGUCAUUCCCUGCCACUGCCGGCACACUCUACUACUUGCACUUGUGCAGGUACACUUCCUCUCGCACCGAUACAGGCUCCGCAGGACUGGCCAACGGGAAUGUCGUGUUUAAUUUCCAGUGCCCUGCUGGCAUGACGGAUCACGAUUCGUUGCUUGAGACAGCCUGUGUUGCCUGCGGCGCGGGCACGGACACUUCAACCGGAGCCAAGGCUGGACCCUGCACCAACUUUAACGUUCCUGCGGGCUCGUUUGAUCACGAUUCCAACUCUGCCACCGCGGCGAUCACUUGCCCUCCUGGAAACUAUGCGCCCGCAGCCGGCACGACGUGCACCACAUGCGGCACUGAAACAUGGGACCAUGAUUCGUCGUCUGCAACUGCCUGCACUUCUUGCACGUCCGCAUGCUCUGCUGGUACUUUCCAGUCCCAGGCGUGCACUCCCACGAGCAACCGCGCUUGCACUUCCUGUACUGCCGUCACCUCGUGCGCCGCCUCGAGCACAACAUGCACAUCGAGCACGGACUCGCGCUGCUCGACUUGCGCCGCGAACUUUUACAAAGUGGCGGGCGCCUCGAGCGACACGUGCCAGGGCUGCACUGCGGCCUGCACCACAGGAACUUUUGAAACAACCCCUUGCACGACGGCAAGCAACCGAGUGUGCACGGCGUGCCCAGCGAUCGCCAACUGUGGAGGCACGCUUUCGUGUUCGUCCAGCAGUACCUCUCGAUGCACUGCGUGUGCCAGCAACUUUUACUUGAUUGCUGGAACCGGAUCCACACCCGAUCGCUGUGCUCCUUGCUCGGGCAGCUGUGCUGUCGGUCAGUUCCAAAGCGCAGCGUGCGGCGCCGCAGCUGAUCGCGUCUGCACCACAUGCACGUCCGUUGCAAACUGUGUUGGACAAGUGACGUGCACGACAAGCGGCAACUCACAGUGCUCGGCGUGCGCAUCCGGCUAUUAUCGGACGACUGUUGGCGGUGCUGAUGUCUGCUCGCCAUGCGCCAGCACAUGUGCACUGGGCCAGUUUGAAUCGGUUGCUUGCACCACGUCGACCAACCGAGUUUGCACUUCGUGCACAUCGGUCUCAAACUGCGCAUCUCAGCAGACCUGCUACGGUGCUGGCAACACCCGCUGCUACACUUGUGCGACGGAUUUCUACUUGACUCUGCGCUCAGGAGUGUCUGAUGUUUGCACUGCGUGCGCGUCUUGCGGUGUGGGCAACUUUUCGCUGUCCCCAUGCAGUCCAUCCGUCGAUCGUGUUUGCGGAGUCUGCACUGCCAUUGGCAAUUGCAAUGUGCCGGUUUCCUGCACCUCGCCAAUCAACGGCCGCUGCUCUGCCUGCGCUUCGGAGCAUUACCUGGUGCCCGGCUCUUCUGACGUUGCUCUGCCAUCUCAAGACGCGUGUGCGGCGUGCGACACCUGCGAGGUUGGCACGUUUGAGUCGCAAGCGUGCACGCAUGCCACCAACCGAAACUGCACGCAAUGCACACCGAUUGAAAACUGCGCUCAAGUAUCGUGCACCGACACCACCGACUCUGUGUGCGUACAGUGCCCCGUCGGCACGUUCUACAAUACAACGAGCGCGACGUGUCACUCGUGUCUCGAGUGCGCCUCCAACGAGUUUGAGGUGGUUGCUUGCACCUAUCUGACCGACCGCACGUGCAGCGCUUGCACCAACGUGACGAACUGCGCUUCUGUGACUUGCACUUCUCUGGAUGACUCGAUUUGCGAGACUUGCAAGUCCACCACGUACAUUUCGCCAAACGCAACUGCGGGUGACGCCGAGCAAUGCUUGGCUUGCGCGGCUGUAGCCGACUGUGCUUAUGCGAACGUGGUGUGCACGAACGCGACGAACGCUCGUUGCAGCGUUGCAGCAGCGAGCUCGAUCGACAAGGCUGUCAUUAUUCCUGUGGUGGCUGUUGCUGGUGUGCUCCUGCUUGUCCUCAUCCUCGUGCUUGUUCUGGUUGCGCGCCGCCGCCGCCGCAAUGCCCGCAAGCCCGAGGCUGCUGUAUCAGCUCGGCGCACAACCUCUGACCGUGUGGACCUUCCCAUGUCCACGAUAGCCAUGCUGGCGAAUCCUCUUUCUGAUCAUGGGAGCGAAUCGGGCAUGUACAUGGAGGAAACCUAUUCUCCUAUGCACGUCAACGACGCAGGGCCCAGCGGGAACCCUGUUGCUUCCGCGAAAAUGGCGGAAUUUCUGGCUCAGGGCGAUAACAACUUGUACGAUUCGCUUGGCGGUGGCAAGUUUGGCUUUGCACCACACGGCGCAUCCGGGGAAGAGUUGUACGACGACAUCCGCCCCCCACCGCCGGCAGACCCGUUGUACACCAACUCAAACCACAACCUCGUUGAAGAGGAGCGCUCUCCCGACUAUGAAGCGCCGAGCUCCAGCUCCCCGGCUGGACGACUGUCUACCGCCGCCUCCUCCUCGGCUUACGAGGAUCCGCACGUCAAGCAGUCUGCUGAGGCUGGCGAGGCUUCCGCCGAGGGUGUUGUGUACUCGCAUGUCGUGCACGAGGCUUAGAGCUUGCUCUUUGUUUUGAUUGAAAUCCUGAGUUUUCCACUGUUCGUCCAAUGUAAAUGCUGUGUGUGUGUGAAUGAACGCGUUGUUUGAUUGAAAUUGAAUACAUUCUUUUGCCUG